CGCGGUCAAUGGGAAUGAUGAGGCUAGGGAAUAUGAACAGCGAGAGGAAGAACACGCAGAAGCAGGCGAUCUGCAUGGGACAGAUCAUCUUCAGAAUAGGUCUAAUAUCAAUGGAGCAUUGCUUUCUUCGAAGUUGCCAUUUCGGUCGUUUGGACACGACAUUCCUCCUCCCCAUCCACACACGGCAACUUCUUCACUCCUUCCCCACUGCCCAUUCGAGUGGCAUGACCGUCCAACGGCUCAUUCAAAGUCUCCCCGCGCACUACCGCCCCUUCCAUCCCCUUUCUGUCGCCUGGUAACGCACUGGAGGCAUCACCAUCUCGCUUCAGAAUACGAUAUUCCCAAACGUCCCGCUGGGCGAAAGGAGCCAUACUGGAGGAGAGAGCCUAGAAUAGCUGCCAGCGCCAUGAAGUCCAGCGCAAACGAGAAGUAA